UGCUUCUCCACCACACGAACGUUACCAAACUCAUCCAGAAAACCCACCCGAACGACCUGCCAGAGGCCAGCCACGACAUUGUCGCGCGGGGAUUCGCGUCACUCGUCGAGCGCUCUGCCGACACCCACCAUGUGGUGCACCAUAUGCAUUCGCCGAUCCACUCGCUGUCGCUGGAGAAGCUGACUUGGGUACGGCACUUCAUCCCAGGCACCGAAAAGCUGGCCGUAGAACACCAUUGUGGUAACUUUGUGGUGGUGCGAGGGGCAAGUCAGCCGUUCGUUGAAUCGAUGCCUCUUUAUGCUAGGCUGGGCAUGCAUUUGCUCUUCUAUGGAAAAGAGGAGAUGAGUGUUCUAGGUAACAAAAGAGUCGGCGAACUUCUACGCGAACGAUCUAUCAAGGAAGGAAAAAUAUACGACAACCCCAAGUCGGUACACUCCAUCCCGUCUUUCGUCGAAACGUCUUCAAUACAACUCGAAGAACUUCUCGAGCCGGAUAUCAGGAAAUAUAGAUGCUUCAACGAUUUUUUCUUCCGGAAACUGAAGCCCAAGGAAGACGACCCGACCGUCAUCUGCAGCGCUGCCGACUGCCGCCUGACAGUAUACGCCACCGUUGACUUGGCGCAAAAAUUCUGGAUCAAAGGGCAAACUUCACCAUCCCCAACCUACUCCAUCUUCCCCCUCUUCUCCCAAGGUCGAGCCAUUCCGCGACUCGCGAUCUUCCGGCUCGCCCCUGCGGACUAUCACCGGUUCCACAGCCCCAUCGAUUGUGAAGUCGGAGGAAUUGAGCACGUUCCUGGGCAGUUCUUUACUGGGAACCCGCGAGCGGUGAACGAGCCUGGGUUCGACAUCUUCACAGCCAACACACGGUCGAUACUUUAUUUGAAGCACCUAAUCACUGGCCUUCCGGUGGUGUUCGUCGCCAUAGGUGCCCUCCUAGUGGGUAGCAUCGUGUGGACCGGGGGGAAGGAGAAAGGGGCGGCGUUGAAGAGAGGGGAUGAGUAUUUUGCGUAUGGAGGAAGCACAGUCGUUGUGAUUUUCCCGAAGGAAGUUAUCGAGUUCAAUGAGGAUCUGGUCAGUAAUUCGCAAAAGCCGAUAGAAACUCUUGUCAAGGCGGGUGUAGGUCUUGCAAUUCGAGGCGCUGUUCGAGAGUCCAAGCUCUGUCUGACUGCCCUCUGCUACAGGUUGGACAUUCUAUUGGUCGGACACCAGCAAGGCUCUGAGAAGAGAUGAA